UAAGGUAACCCCACACCCAGCUUUGUCUCCUAUGGUGCAGCGAAAUCCGGGGUUCCAAGCCGCUAAUCCUCCUAGGAUAGUCACAGCUAGCUCUUCUAAUUCUCCAAGAUCGCUGGUCAGCGGAAAGCAGUCCACACCACCAUUUAAGCGAUUGAGAGAGAAUGAGCUACAAGCCAAGCGGGCGAAGGGAUUAUGUUUUCGUUGUGACGAGAAGUAUUCAAUUGGGCAUAGGUGUAAGAACAAGGAGCUGCAAGUGAUGGUUAUUUAUGAGGAAGAGAGGGGAGAAGAAGAAGGGACUAAACCAGAUGAGGCAAUGGAGGCUUCCGGGGAGUGGGAAGACACUGUCAAGGAAGGGGAGAUGGUGGAGUUAUCACUAAACUCUGUGGUGGGGCUAACUCCUCCUCAAACGAUGAAGAUUAAAGGAACAAUAGAAGGCCAAGAAGUGAUUGUCCUGAUUGAUAACGGGGCUUCCCACAAUUUCAUAGUAGCUGACUUGGUGCAAAAAUUAGGACUCGUAAGGAUGCCUACUCGAGGAUAUGGGGUGAUAAUGGGCUCGGGAAUGGCAAUACAGGGGGCGGGAGUAUGCAAGAGGGUCCCCUUGUUGUUACAGAAUGUGAAGAUUGUGGAAGACUUCCUCCCUUUGGAGUUGGGCAGCUCUAAUGUCAUUCUUGGGAUGAAGUGGUUGGCCACAUUGGGAGAGACACAAGUGGAUUGGGGUUCCCUGAUCAUGAGGUUCAAGGUGGGAGACACGGCCAUUACCUUACAUGGGGAUCCUAGCCUUAGUAAAACUCUAGUGACCAUGAAGUCCAUGAUGAAGGCAUUCCGGAAGGGUGGGGAAGGGGUAUUAUUGGAGUUGGGCUGUUUAACGGCUGAAGCAGUGGAAGUUGACAUCCCUGACAGCUUGCAGGAGGUGUUGUCUGACUUCGAGGCAGUCUUUGAAGAGCCACGUGGGCUGCCCCCGCACCGAAGGCGGGAUCAUACCAUCACGUUGCAGCCUGGGGUACCCCCAGUCAGUGUGAGACCUUACCGAUACCCGCAUCUCUUGAAGAUUGAGAUUGAAAAACUUGUUAGAGAGAUGAUGGCUGCAGGUAUCAUUCGGCCAAGCAUCAGCCCUUUUUCUAGUCCCGUAUUGCUAGUUAAGAAGAAGGACGGGGGGUGGAGGUUUUGCGUGGACUACCGAGCUCUAAACAAGGUAACUAUUCCUGAUAAAUUUCCAAUUCCGGUUAUUGAAGAACUCCUAGAUGAGCUGAAUGGAGCUGCAGUUUUUUCUAAAUUGGAUUUAAAAUCGGGUUACCAUCAAAUACGUAUCGCACCCAAGGACAUUCCGAAAACUGCUUUUCGGACUCAUAAGGGCCAUUAUGAGUUUAUGGUGAUGCCGUUUGGACUCACAAAUGCACCCGCUACAUUUCAGUUUUUAAUGAACGAGAUUUUUAGGGAGCAAUUGAGACAGUUUGUUCUUGUGUUUUUUGACGACAUUUUGGUGUACAGCAGAACGAUGCGGGAACAUCAGGAUCAUUUGCGUUGUGUAUUGGGAAUAUUAGCUGAAAACAAGUUGUUUGCCAAUGCAAAAAUAUGCAGGUUCGGGCAGAUGGAGAUUGACUACUUAGGCCACAUUAUUUCGCAAUAGGGGGUUGCUGUGGACAAUUCAAAAAUUCAGGCGGUUAUGGAUUGGCCUAGCCCAUGUUCGCAGCGAGAACUCCGUGGUUUCUUGGGACUCACAGGGUAUUAUCGCCGGUUUGUACGAAAUUAUGGAAAAUUAGCUUGGCCGUUAACGGAACGACUUCGAAAAGAUAACUUCUUUUGGGAUGAGAGUUCGGAGCAAGCUUUUCAGUCUUUAAAGUCAGCCAUGACAGCCUUACCGGUGCUCGCCCUACCAGAUUUUUUGAAGGAAUUUAUAGUGGAGACUGAUGCCUCAAGGUAUGGACUCGGGGUUGUAUUGAUGCAGGAACAUAGGCCACUUGCUUUCUUUAGUCAUGCUUUAAACCCCAACGGUCGGAAUAAAUCGGUCUAUGAGAGGGAGUUGAUGGCUAUUGUAUUUGCGGUACGAAAAUGGCGACACUAUUUAUUGGGGAGGAAGUUCACAAUCCGAACAGAUCAGAAAAGUUUAAGGUUCUUGAUGGAGCAACGAUUGGUAAGUCCGGAAUGUCAAAAAUGGGUGAUGAAGUUAAUGGGCUACAACUUUGAGAUACAAUACCGGCCUGGCUUAGAGAACCGCGCUGCUGAUGCGCUCUCCCGGUUUUCAUUUCCAGUUACACUCAUGGCUCUUACAGCUCCUCGGGUGCUGCAAUUAGAUCAACUCAAAGAAGAAGUGGCCGAAAACAGCCAUUUCCAACAGAUCAUCAGGGAGCUGCAAGCUGAACC